GCAGUGUACAGUGAAGCGGAGGCAGAGCGGCUCCGCGAGCUCCUCUCCACUUUCCCAUAGAGGAACCCUGACUGGCCGCUGAGGGCGAGCCACACACACGCCCUCACGCCCGGCGAGCCCGCGAGGUCACUAUCAUAUGACAAAGGCUUUGCCGCAGUUCAUCUUCCUCCCAGUGUACUUUCCAUUUGCCUUCCUGGAAUCCUGCUGCAUCACAGAAGCUGGAAAUUCUGAUGUUCCAUUCAAAUCACAAUGGAAAGUCUUGACUUGACUGGUCACAGUAAUGAAAGGCAGUAAUAGAAAUAAAGAUCAUUCAGCAGACGGAGAAGGGGCUGGAAAACGACCAAAACGAAAGUGUCUUCAGUGGCAUCCAUUGCUAGCAAAGAAACUGCUUGACUUUUCAGAAGAGGAGGAAGAGGAAGACGAAGAGGAGGAUUUUGAUAAGGUUCAACUCCUUGGGGCUGAUGGCCUAGAGCAAGAUGUUGGUGAGACUGAUGAUGAAUCACCAGAACAGCGAGCCCGGAGACCAAUGAAUGCAUUUCUUUUAUUUUGCAAACGUCAUCGCUCCCUUGUAAGACAGGAACACCCCCGGCUUGAUAACCGAGGUGCUACCAAGAUUCUGGCUGAUUGGUGGGCUGUUCUAGAUCCAAAGGAAAAGCAGAAAUACACAGACAUGGCCAAGGAGUAUAAAGAUGCAUUUAUGAAAGCAAAUCCUGGCUACAAAUGGUGUCCUACCACAAACAAGCCUGUGAAAUCCCCAACACCUACUGUUAAUCCACGAAAGAAACUAUGGGCCUUCCCAUCUGAGUCUUCAAGAGAUUUGCCAAGCCCCAAGAAAGCAAAGACUGAAGAAAUGCCUCAGCUAAACUUUGGAAUGGCUGAUCCUACUCAAAUGGGAGGCUUGAGCAUGCUACUUUUAGCUGGAGAACAUGCUCUUGGAACACCAGAGGUAUCUUCUGGGAGUUGUAGGCAGGAUGUUUCAGAAUCCCCUGAAUUGCGUCAGAAAUCACCAUUAUUUCAGUUUGCUGAGAUAUCUUCAAGUACGUCUCACCCUGAUGCUUCUUCGAAGCAGUGUCAAGCCUCAGCCUUGUUUCAGUUUGCAGAGAUUUCUUCAAACACUUCGCAGCUGGGUGGUGCGGAACCCGUGAAACGCUGUGGAAAGUCUGCACUCUUUCAACUGGCAGAGAUGUGUCUGGCAUCAGAGGGGGUUAAAAUGGAGGACUCAAAACUAAUGAAGGCAAAAGAAUCAGAAGGUGGAAGAAUUAAAGAAUUGGAGAAGGGAAAGGAACAAAGAGAAGUAAAAAUGGAGAAAACAGAUGAAGCCAGGUCACAGAAGGAAGCAGAAUUUGAAAAAUCAGCUAAGGAAAAUAUAAGAGAUUCUAAGGAACUAAGAAAUUUUGAGGAGCUACAAAUGGAUGAGACAAUGGAUAUAAAAAUGGAAGAUCCCAAAGAAAUUAAAAAGGAAGAACUAGAAGAAGAUCAAAAAUGUAGUCACUUCCCAGAUUUUUCUUAUUCUGCCAGUAGCAAGAUAAUAAUAAGUGAUGUUCCCAGUAGAAAGGAUCAUAUGUGUCAUCCUCAUGGAAUUAUGAUCAUUGAGGAUCCCACAGCAUUAAACAAACCAGAGAAGCUAAAAAAGAAGAAGAAAAAAAGUAAAAUGGAUCGACAUGGAAAUGAUAAAUCCACACCCAAGAAGGCUUGCAAAAAGAGGCAGUCUUCAGAGUCUGACAUUGAGAGUGUUAUAUACACCAUUGAAGCUGUUGCAAAGGGAGACUGGGGCAUCGAGAAACUUGGAGAAACCCCUCGCAAGAAGGUCCGCACAUCUUCAAGUGGCAAGGGAAGCAUUUUGGAUGCCAAGCCACCAAAGAAAAAAGUGAAAUCAAGAGAGAAGAAAAUGUCAAAGGAGAAAUCCUCAGACACCACCAAAGAGUCAAGACCUCCAGAUUUCAUUAAUAUUUCUGCCAGCAAGAACAUUUCUAGUGAGGUGCCAGAGGGUAUAAAAGCAGAACCAUUGACCCCCACAGAGGAUGUGUUACCGCCCAGCCUAUCGGGACAGGCCAAGCCUGAGGAAAGUGACUGUCACAGAAAAAUAGAGACUUGUGGCUCCCGGAAAUCUGAGAGGUCUUGCAAAGGUGCUCUUUAUAAAACCCUGGUGUCUGAAGGCAUGCUCACCUCUCUGCGAGCUAAUGUUGACAGAGGGAAACGAAGCUCAGGAAAAGGAAACUCCUCGGACCACGAAGGGUGUUGGAAUGAAGAAAGCUGGACGUUUAAUCAGAGUGGGACCAGCGGGAGCAAGAAGUUCAAGAAGACCAAGCCAAAGGAAGAUUCUCUCCUUAGCUCAGCAAAGCUGGAUGAAGAAUUUGAAAAAAAAUUCAACAGCCUCCCUCAAUACAGUCCUGUUACAUUUGACCGGAAAUGUGUACCUAUCCCAAGAAAAAAGAAGAAGACUGGAAACAUGGCCUCAGAACCGACUAAAACCAGCAAAGGUCCUUUCCAGUCUCAGAAAAAGAACUUAUUCCACAAAAUUGUCAGCAAAUAUAAGCACAAAAAGGAGAAGCCUAAUGUUCCGGAAAAAGGAAGUGGGGAUAAAUGGUCAAACAAGCAACUCUUCUUGGAUGCCAUUCACCCUACAGAAGCCAUAUUUUCAGAAGACAAAAACACCACAGAGCCUGCUCAUAAGGUUAAAAAUGCCCUAUCCAUUCCCAACACUCCAGAGCCAACAACAACUCAAGAACCCUUGGUGGGCAGCCAAAAGAGAAAAGCAAGGAAGACCAAGAUCACACACCUUGUCAGGACAGCAGAUGGCCGGGUAUCACCAGCAGGAGGUACUCUGGAUGACAAACCAAAGGAACAACUGCAGAGGAAUCUCCCUAAAGUGACUGAGUCCGGCUGCACUGAAGACUGCUCACACAACACCGAGGCUGCGCAGACGCGGAGCAGCACUCCGGAGAUGCCAGCUGUGUCUGCGUUCUUCAGUCUCGCCGCGCUGGCUGAAGUGGCCGCCAUGGAGAAUGUGCACAGAGGUCAGAGGUCCACCCCGCUCACCCACGAUGGACAGCCAAAAGAAAUGCCACAGGCUCCUGUACUUAUUUCCUGCGCUGACCAGUGAAGCGCCCUUUAAUUGUAAAACAUUGUGCUUUACCUACUACCCUAGCCUUGUCUUUACCGAGGGAUGCUAGUGAGUCCAUGUGGUGGAAAAUACAGACUGCAAACAAGUGCUUGUUGCCCUACACGGCCCAGAUUCACUUGAAGCAGAAGUUAGCAUCCUGGGCCAGUUUGUUCUUUUGGAACCCAGAGUCUUUGAGGGUGAGGUUAUCUGUCUGAUAAUGAGCAGAAACGGAAUGAUCCUGGAGCUUUGCUUUCUAUUGAAGGCUUUUGACGGUAACAGGUGGUAACUUGGUAAAAGGCUGCCUUUACUGUAGCUCAUCCAAGCAUCUCUUUUACCAACCAGAGAGUGUGAAACUAGUUUCGUAUAUUAUCUAGUUAUUCUUUAAAAACAAAAACAAAAAAAACAAAAAAACAAAAACAAAAAAAACUGACGCACUGCACUAGUUAUUAUUAGAUAUUCUUAGUCUUUUUUGUACAUGGAGAUUUAAGUUCUAAGAUGGUUUAUAUAAUAGGUUAUACCUACAUUUAUAUUGUAGAAUAAUAUGAAAAAGCCUGUUCCAGAGACCCCCAAGCAGCACGGGCAGGCACAUGUACCAUUGUUAGCGGUGUAUGCUCGGCCUCGUGGUCCAUAUAUUCUGCACUUUUAUAUUUGCCACCAGAGUGGUAGUUUGCUGGCAAAAAUGAAAAGAGAGAGAGAAAGAGAAAAAAAUUACAAUUCUUAACAAGCUGAGUUUUUUUCUUAGCCUUGAGUGACCAAGAAGAAUUUGCUUGGGGCAAAUUGUGGCAAAUAUUUUCCCAGACAGGGGAAGAGUCCUACAGAUUACAGAUUACUGAUGUUUUCAUGCCUUGAGGAUUCUUUUAUUUUUACACAGGGGUCUCCGUGACCAAUGGAUCGUUCAUACAGACAAACAAAAAAAGAAAAAUAUUAUUCAGAAGUGACCUUAGUAUUACUUCACUAUCCUAAACACAUUGAAGACACUUACUUCAUGUGGACUUUGAGCUACAGACAUUUUACAUCCAUCCCAGACAGACUGGACGGGUAGCAAUUGCUAUGCACAGCCUAAGUGGCGCUGCAGGUUUUUAGAGCCAUUUUGAGUUGGUGUUGUCAAGGAGGUGUUGAAUAAAUGCCGAGGGAGGGAUGCCUGACCAGAGUAGGAUUCUUGGUCAUUGAUCCACCUGCAAGUUUGUUUCCUUUUUGUGUUUUGUUGCUUUCGAACAUAAAACCAACCACACACAUGCCAGUGCCAAGUGGAUUACCUGGCUUAUCAGAACAUUCGACAUACUGACUUAACCACCUGACAUUCAGUGUCUUGUUUCCUAGCAACACAUGCAAAGUGAUAAAUCAAAAUUAGUCGGAGGCUACCGAUUUUACAGGGUAUUUGUUCCGUAGCACAAGUAGAUCCCCACUCUUGCAUCACAGCACAAACUACCAAAUUUUAAUUAUUGGAUUCCAGCAAUAAUUUUUAUUGGUUUUCAAACUGGUGGAAUUUUGAUAGCGUUAGUUCGAGUUUGAAGCUUUUGAAUUAGAUCUCUAAAUGGUGACAGUUUACAAGGUUUUAUCUAGCUUUCUUAUUUAUACUUGACUGAAUUGUAAUGAUGACUUUUUUUUUCUAAUCGUAAUCUGACCUAAUAGCCAUACAAAAAAUGACUCUCUUAGUACUGACUAGGUUUAGCUUUUCAUAGUUGUAGAUAUUACUUCAGUUUCGGUGCUGGAAAAUAUGUACAACAUACUAACAGAAUUGGAAAGAAUAUAGAGAUUUCUUUGGGUUGUUUUUUCCUUCAAAGCAGGUAAAGAUGGCAGCAGAGCAUUGGAAUGGUGUCCUCAAAAAUGCAUAAUCAUUGUGGCAUGGAGGAAGAAGGAUUUAGAAAGCUAGGUUAGUCCGAGGUUAAAGCUUAACCCCAUUCACGUAGAAAUAAAUCAGGUGAGCAGCCCCAGAUUUUAACAUAAUAUUUUUACUAUGAUGCUGUUUUAUUAAUAUUUUCUAAAUUUCAAAACACAAAGUUAAUGUUUGAAAAUUGCUGGGUCCCAAUGUUGGUGGCUGUUGGGAGUUUUUGGACCACUUGCUAGCAGUGAUUUAAAAAUUAUAAUUAGCUAAAAAUACACAAACAAAAACAAAACAAAAAACCAAUGACAAAUUGUUUGGUGCAGAACAUGCACCUUGACAAUGGUACUAACUUGUUAUUCUCUAGAACACAUUAGAAUAGAUCUAUUUUUGCCAGAGCACCGUCCUUCAAUCCUCCAGUUACAUUUCACUAGAUUUCCUUAAGAGAUUGCUGUAUAUUCAUGGGACCUUUUUUAAAAAGAAGCAAAACAAAAGAUUACUUUUUUCUAUGUGAUUAAUAUCUUACUUGAUCUGCUUUUCCUAAACCUCAGUGGCUUUUCCCUUAGGCAGGGGUGGGGUGGGAGGGCGACCUACUGGAUAUGACUGUUUUCAGAUACUUUAAAAAAAAACCUUUUUGUAGAAAUGCUUAAUUUUUAAGCGGUUAGGCACUGAGAGUAGCAGAAAUCCUGCAAAGCUUUAUAGUCCUUUAGACACUCGCCUUGUUGUUUCUCUGAGUGAAGUCUUGAUUUCAAUACUAGUGCUUUUCUCAUGCCCUGAAUCCGCUGGUGAGGGGUGAUGGCAUUUUCAGGUAACAACAUUUGUUAGCACAGAUAUUCCCGACCAACAUGUAGUGAAACCCUCAUCUACCAUUUUCAUUUCAUUUCUCUUAUUUUUUUAUAUUUUGGAAAAUCAUAAUUGCUAUGGUGUGUACCUUAAUCUGCCAGCAUACACCAUUGACACUAACAUUGUCCCACAAGCAUCCUCAAGAGAAGAAGUUCUUGCACCUUAUGUAUAUCUCAAGCAAACCAAAAUACGAUGCCUGCUUUGUUUUAUUCUAAAUUGUUGUAUCAUAUCUUUCUGAAAAACCAUUCUGAAUCUAGUUGAAAUUAUCAAUAUUUAUGCUUUUAACCUUAAUUUCUGGAUUCAAACCUGUAUAUAAAUCUUUUGAAAAAAAUUGUCCUAGCCCUUCUCUGUGAUGCCGAAGUGGAUGAUUUAGUCUCAGAUGGAGACGCAGUACUGUUCCAGUUUUCUUUAGCCUUUUAUUUAUUUAGUUACUCUGGGUAUUUUCCUAUGUAAUUUUGAAGUGUGUAGAGUAUAUUAUAGUAACUGAAGCUGCAGCUCUAAGAAGCUGAGUGAAAGAAAAAAAAUACUGUAAGACAUCCUU